AUGUCGACAAUCUCGACAGCGCUACGCAACUUCAAGGAACCCACGAAAGAACAGCUGACGCAGAACUUCUUCUCACUCUCUGGGGCGGUGUUCACAGAUGCGUCGGCUGAGAAGUCCCAGGAGAUCGAGAAGAUGGAUAUCAAUGCCGUCUUGAGUCUGGGCGUUGAAGGCGUGGAGGAUUCAUAUGCUGGCAAAUUGUAUCUGAUGCCACCGUGUCUGACCUUCACCUCGCUCGACCGCAAAUCCGUCAGAUUCACAUUACCAUUAUGCACCAUCCGCCGAGUCGAGCGGCUGAAUGCCCGCGCGGGGAUAUAUGCACUCAGUCUCUCCUCAUGGCACGGGAUGAAGAUAAUAGUGCAGCUUACCUCGCUCCGCCCGACAGCGGAUUUGUUCUGCUCGCUCUUACGCGACGCGUUGAAAGUAGAGCUCCAGCGCGGGAGGAUGAAGGCCGUUAAAGGCUUUGUGAAGACGUGUUACUCGGAGGUGCUCGUGUCAUCGCCUGCUCCAGAAAAUGAGCGGGAGGACGGAAGCCUUAUGACCACGGAAGAGAAGGAUGCCGCCACGGCGAAUGAAUCUGCAUAUCAUGGCGGGCUUGGCCUGAGGUUCAAAUUCCCCGGGGAUCCGAAGAAGCUGCGUGAAGCGUCAAAGAUCAAACUAUGGACGACAUACCUCAAAGCUCAUGGCCGCAACCUCACUCUGCUCCGCUAUCCCCAAUGUACACGUCUCGUGCAGGUGGGCCUACCCAACCGUCUGCGCGGCGAGAUGUGGGAGGUGCUCUCCGGAUCGAUAUACCUGAGGUUUGCCAGCCCGGGAUACUACGAACAGUUGUUAGUAGAGAAUAAGGGGCGCUCAUCGACAAGUACGGAAGACAUUGAGAAGGAUUUGCAUCGAAGUUUGCCAGAGUAUGCUGGGUACCAAUCUGACGAAGGUAUAUCUGCGUUACGAAGGGUGCUUCAAGCAUAUUCGUUCAAAAAUCCUGAGCUCGGAUACUGUCAGGCCAUGAACAUCCUGGCAGCAGCUAUUCUCAUUUACAUGUCAGAAGAACAGACCUUCUGGCUAUUAGAGGUCCUAUGUGAUCGACUGCUUCCAGGAUAUUACGCACCCUCUAUGCAUGGUACCUUACUAGAUCAGCGAGUGUUUGAGUCGCUCGUACAACGGUGUCUACCAAUAAUACACGACCACUUCCAAACUGUCGACGUCCAGCUUUCAGUUGCAUCAUUGCCUUGGUUCCUCAGCUUGUUUAUAAAUAGCAUGCCCAUGAUUUUUGCGUUCAGAAUAGUAGACUGCUUCUUUUGCAUGGCUAUUCUGAAGAUCAAUGGAGAGAAACUUUUGCAGAUUCAAGACGACGGCGGCUUUUUGAAUCAUAUGCGAGAAUACUUUGCCUCUCUAGGGGAGUCCGCCCAUCCCAACUCAACCGACCCACGCGCUAGAGCAAUCACCAACUUCCAAGAACUGCUCCUCGUAUCCUUCCGCGAGUUUUCCGUGAUCACUGACGAGAUGAUCCAAGGCGAACGCAAACGAUUCCGGAGCGAGAUCAUUCAUAGCAUUGAGUCUUUCUCGAAGCGAUCGUCCAUCCGAAAUCUACGGACACUAGAACGAUUCACUAAGGACCAGGCGGGUCUUAUUUAUGACGCAUUGUACAAGGCAAUGUGCAUCGUACCGCCGCCGCCAGUGGUACUCCCACCACCAUCGCUUCUGAACACUAACGAUGGCACGGAGGAGAAACCAGAAACCCGGAUAGGUUUGCGAACAUUCCAAUAUUUCCUGAGUGAAGUAGCGACCUGGGCACGCGACGAGAAGAUCGUUAUGAAUGGCUUUCAACAACGGAUAGAUAGGGAGGUUGCUGAACACGAGUUCAUCGAUCGACUAUUCUUUUUCUGGGACGUAUCGUGCCGUGGGGCCCUGUCAUUCCAGGAUCUCGUUUCUGGACUCGAUGGAGUGAUGUUCAAUGACUUGAUGGAAAAUAUUGAAUGGUUCUUCAAUCUCCAUGACAAGAAUAAGGACGGGUUCCUCACCAAAGAUGAGGUCUUAACCCUUUCCGAGUCGUUCUUGUUUAUAUUCCGUUACGAAAUCGGCGAUGCCUACCUCGGUGCAGUCAGUCGGUUCAUGACGAAUGCCUUUGAAUACGGCGAUGCCCUUCUCCCUCGAGAAGAAGGGGCGGAUGACUCCGAGCCACUGCCGUCGCCAACAAUCGCUUCGAAUCUACCGUACCUCAACCUUGCUACUUUCCGCAUGGUCGUACUUGCCGACGAGAUCCUCGAGUCUUUCUUCGAGACUGAUUUAUCUGCAUCGUUCCGUCUCGAACCGCUACCAGAAAUGGAGCUACCUGUCUCUAGCAGUGGCAUUCUAGGCGAUCUCUGGUCAACAAUAGCAACGGAUAGCAACAAACGGAUGUUUAACAUGUUCACCGACGAAAUCGGCAAAGCAGUGGGGAAGCACCAGGUUGUCCACAGACCUUCAAUUGGGAGAUACACUAAGCUGGAAGAACCUAAAGCUCGCGAAUCGCUGCUCACGCCCGCUAUGCGUCGCUCGAUGUCUCAGGGCAACUUGUCAGGCAAAGCUAAAGAAGAUGAGAUCAAAGCGGCAGCAUCUUCCUCAUCACUCACCGUGGACGCUGUCAUGCAACCGUCGAAGGACGCAAUAUCUGCCCCGCCAAGUAGCACAAUAUAUUCCCCUAUUCCCAAGCCCCUUAUCCAAGCCUCGACUUUGGCUUUCAUGGAGCGAACACCGUUUGCCAUUGAUGAUGCCAAAGACGAGGACGAUGAGAGUGAGGAUGAAGUCGAUGGCGAAGAUAACGAUGAUCAAGUACUCGAUGAGGUGGAUGCUUUCCUAGAAGCUCACGAUUCUGGUCUGACUGACGCAGAUAAGGAGCUGGCUAAAGACCUACGGACUGCGGAACCCGUUAAAUGA